AGAGAGACAGAGCGCGAGGGAGACAGAGGCGAGGAGGCAGCGCAUCACAUCAGGCACCGUUUUGCAUCCCAAAAUCUUGACGCGGGUGACUCGCCACACAAGCUGCUGCUGCUGCUGCUGCUGCUGCGGCCACCGAGUCACUUCAGAGACCGCAGAGGAGACAGAAGCGGGCUGGGAUCAAAUCAGUGACAGACAAAAAAAACUCCACCACCACAUAUCGGCACAACCUCACACAGACCGCAGCGUUUUGCUGAGGAGACCAGCGGCGUCUUCUUCCACGUUGGAGUCUGGAGCAGGAUUAGGCCAGGGCUCCCACCGAGGGGUGUGCGAUUCUCAUCGGUGCCCGAAAAAAAUCAAGUGAAGUCAGAAGAGACUGAAAGCUCAGCUGGUUCAGAGAGAGGUUCUACAUCGGCAGAGGGACAAGUUCUCACACACAAGUACCGAGCAGUGAGCAAUGAGGAAGAAACAGAAGAGGUGCCUGUCCAAUCAGAGUUGCAGAUGGCCACAGAAGACAUGAGUACCAGCCAAUCUGGCACCAGGCUGACUUCCACUUGCCAGUUUAUGCAUAACAAAUCAAAUGUGACCCCGUGAUUAAGCAAUUUAUCGAGUUUACCAAGGCACACAUACUGCCAAUGAAGUGAUACAUCCCAUUACUCUAUUCAUCUCUACUUUCACAAAAGAUCUCCAACCAUUUGGACUUGCAGUACAAGUUUACCAUACUGUGACCAGACCUGACAUGAACCUGAAGAAACGUGAAGUCAUCCUUCACUGAGCUAAUUCUAUUUAACAAAAAACCCCAUUUGCUUUCAAAUGGCUCCAGCCUCAAUGAAUACAUGUUAGAUGGCAAAAAUCUCCCGACGUCUUUCUGCAAUGAAUCUUGCAACAAAAUCCCAAAUGGCUCAGAGGACAGGACGGCAGAGAUGUAAUGUGACUGGAGGUUGUUCUUCGGUGGUCCUGUCUGGAGCCAGCUCCUUCCUCUGUUGGCUCACACUGCUGUCAAUAAUGCGGUUGCCAAUGGUUACAGCUGAUUGUUGGCUUAUUGAAGGGGAGAAGGGCUUUGUGUGGCUGGCUAUCUGCAGUAUGAACCAGCCACCUUAUGAAUCCAUCCCUGCCCACAUCAACAGCACCAUUGUGGAUCUGAGGCUGAAUGAGAACAAGAUACGGUCGGUCCAUUACUCUUCGCUCAGUCGCUUCGGCAACCUCACCUAUCUGAACCUCACCAAGAACGAUAUUAGCUAUGUGGAGGACGGAGCUUUCUCAGCACAGUUCAACCUGCAGGUUCUCCAGAUGGGCUAUAACAAGCUGAGGAACCUGACAGAGGGAAUGCUGCGAGGCCUGGGCAAGCUGCAGUAUCUCUACCUGCAAGCCAACUUCAUCGAGACUGUUACACCCAACACCUUCUGGGAAUGUCCCAACAUAGAGAAUAUAGAUCUUUCCAUGAACAGGAUUCAGGUGCUGGACGGCAGUUUGUUCUCUGGACUCUCCAAACUCACGACCUGUGAACUUUACACCAACCCCUUCAACUGUUCUUGUGAGCUCCUGGGUUUCUUGCACUGGCUCGCUGCCUUCCCCAACAGGACCAGUGAGAGGAUGGUGUGCGACUCCCCUGUUGGAUUCUCUGGCUUCAACCUCCUGAGCCAAAACCCCCGCAUGUCGACCCAGCGCACCGCUCUCCACGUGCUCAGCAUUGUAUGCACGGAUAUGGGAAGUAGCGUGACCCCCUUUUUUUCCAUCAACGCCAUUGAUUCCACCACACUGUCCCCAGAUUCUGCUUCUCCCUGUGGAUUGGACGAUUGCUCCUCCGGCACACCUCCCGAUGAGGUCAUCAGUAUUAGCGACCCCAUUUUUUCAGACACCAGUCCACUCAUGACGCUGAAGCAGGUGCUACAUUCAAGUGCUGUGAUAACAGUCCAGAUACCCAAUCCAUACAGGAAAAUGUACACCCUGGUGCUUUACAAUAACAGCUUCUUCACCGAUAUCCAGAUUUUAAAAAGUCACAGAGAAGAUAUUGAGCUCAAAAACCUAAAACCCAACACUGACUAUACAUACUGUGUGGCUUCUAUACGAAACUCCCUGCGCUUCAACCACACCUGUCUCACCAUCUCUACUGGCCGCAGGUUGGGGGCUGAGAGGAUAGCCAAUGAGUCAUCAGCCACCCACUAUAUUAUGACUAUUUUGGGCUGCUUGUUUGGAAUGUUGCUUUUUCUUGGCCUCCUCGUGCACUGCCUGAGAAAGAAAAGAAUCAUGGAGGAGAAGGAGCGAAAGAUGAGCAGGAUCCAGAGGACUUUGAUAGAGCUAAAGUACGGUGGAGAAGGGGAUAUCGAGGGAGGUAGUGGAGGAUCUGUUUCUCAGAAGAUUGCUGCUGGGGACAGCCUGCCCAGAAUGCCCUACCUGCCUCAGGGUGGUGAGAUUGAUCCAUACAAGCUGCAGGAGGUGAUAGAAACACCAGCCCACAAGCCUGCUAAACUUAACUACAUGGAGGUCAGAGGCUCUGGCAUAGAGAGGGAGCGAGAGCGAGAGCGAGAGCGAGAGCGCGAGAGAGAAAGGGAGAUGUCGCCACAAGCAAAUCCCCAGGGCUCUGUAGCAGAGAUUUCUACCAUCGCUAAAGAAGUUGAUAAAGUAAACCAGAUCAUCAACAACUGCAUAGAUGCUCUCAAAUCUGAGUCAACCUCCUUUCAACAGGGGAUCAAAUCCCCCUCUUCUGCAGGUGGAGGAGCUGUUUCAACUGCCGAGCCGCAGCUGGUGCUUCUCUCUGAGCAAGGAGAGCGGGGAGAAAGAGGAGGUGAGUUCCUCUCCCCGGUGUACAAAGGGGGAAGAGGAGGGAGAGAAGAGAGGGGGAGAAGCUCUCAUCAUUCUUUACAGAGGCACCACAGCAUGGAGGCACCACCAACUUCCAAAAGGCCCAGCACCUCCUCUUCUCCUGGCUCUGCCCGCAGCCCUCGCUCCUUCCGCUCAGAGGGAGGUUACCACUCAUCAGAGACCCGUUAUAUUGAGAGGACGUCCCCCGGAGAGAGAGGAGAAAGGGGAGGUGGGGGAGGAGAAGCCAUCCGUACAGUUAACCCUGCAGCAGCUAUCUUACGAGCAGAAGCACAGAGAAUCCGCCAGUAUAAUGAACACCGCCACUCCUACCCAGGCUCUCAGCAGCACCUUCAAGAGCUGCAGCACCACCCUCAGAUUUUGCAGGAGCUCCACCACCACCCAGGAGGUCGUAAGCCCUCUGUGUUAGACCCACUCACCCUGAGCAGGCAAGCCAAGCAGCGGGAGCUGGCUUACUCCCAGCUCUCGCCUCACUACCCACUCUCACCCCAGUACCACAACCUCAGCUACUGCUCAAGCCCUGAGGAAGAUGAGGAGGAGGAGGGGCUACUGUGCACCCCGACCCUGGGCUUGUGGGAGAGAUUCAAAUUGCACCGCAAAAGGCACCGGCAGGCGUCCAUGGAGGACGAAGGAUACGUGGCAGCGGGACACGCGCUGAGGCGAAAGGUUCAGUUUGCCAAGGAUGAGGAUCUCCAUGACAUACUGGACUACUGGAAAGGUGUGUCGGCCCAGCAGAAAGCCUGAUCUCACCCGUGGAGACCCCAAACACUUUGAAGAAGGAGAAAUAUCAGUGCACCCGUUACACACUAAUGCAGACACAAGCUGGACCUGUAAAUACACACAAACACACGCAGAAUCAGACACACAACAAUGGCUCACACUUAACACAAUUUAAGACAUUUUCUUUUGAGAACUUUAAGGACCAAACUAAUAUAUUGAAGAAAAAUCCUAACUUAUGAAUCUAAGUUACUUUUUGUAAUGUAAUGAGCUCUGACUGAUGUAGCUAUUUGUACCAAGUUUUGACUGACAAGAAAAAAAAAAAAAGAUCAACACUAACAACAGAAACCUUAAAUGUUGCCAGGUAACCCGUUCAGAACAACGCGGCUUUUGAUCUGCCUUGAAACCGACAUUUAUCAGUCCUGACCACAGCAUAUGUAAUGCUUAAGGUUUUUGCAUUGCUAGUUGAGGCUAUUUUUGCAUCGCGUCCGGCGAUGUAGCCUCCAGCAGAGACAUUUUUGAAAGGUUUGCUGUUGUUCAGGUUAUUAAAACCUUAAAAAAAACAGAUAUACCGGAUGGGUAGCCAGGCAACAGAGCUAUUCAACUGUGCCGAGAACGAGUAGGUAGCUCUCACCAGAGAGUGAGUAUAAUGUGCCAAAUCAUCCAAGGGGAUAGUAGAGGCCUACUGUGUUUCCUCACCACUGUUUUUAUAUACGGAAUUUAAAAAACCUAGAAUGAUAUGUUGUUAUUACUAUUAAUUAUUCUUAUUAUCAUUACUGGUCUUCUUAUUAUUCCUAUGAUCCUCAUCACUUAUAUUCUCUUAUUUGGAUAUGGCAUGGCUCUGUCGUGUGACUGUGUUUUGAACUUCUCAGCUGAGAUGUGCACACCAACAGAGACAAACGGAGCGAUGGACGAGACAGUUUUCUUCUUCUUUUCCACCAAGAGGAACGUGCUCUCUGCUGAGCCACAAAACAAACGCGUCUUUUCUCUUGGUGAACCCCUGCGACACCUGCUCCUCAUCCUCCUACAGAAGGAACACUGUACAGAUGAGAGACAGACAAAGAGAGAAGCUCUAUAUUUGCAACAGAUGUGACUGUUUUGUUUGUACAUGGUUUUGAAACCUUUCAGACUUUUCAGAAACCAGAAUCUCAAGUUGGUUACCUACCUGCUCACUUACAAUGGUACGUUUUUGAUUUUGAAAUCGAACAAAAAAAGAAUUCUAAUCCUUAAAUGAAUGUCUUCAAUUCCCACAGGGAAAACAUAUCUGCACUGUUCAAAAUCAAAAAACGACCCGUAGGGAAAGACCUAAAACGUUCAUAGCUUCCUUCCCGAUACACUGUAGCUCAACUGUGUCUCAUCAACGACUCAUCGUUCCCCUCCCUUUCUCCCACCUUUUUACUAUUUUAUGUGUAGGGUUCCUCGGGAUCCACUGUGGUGCCGUAACUUCACGUUGUUUUAAAUACUACUAUUUACAGACCUCUUUUUCUCCCCAUCGCUAAACAUGAGUUUGCCAAACAGAACAAGAAUUUGCACAAAAUGAUCCACUGGCAACGUUGGUUCACUGCUCCCCUUGUACUCUCCAAUCAUUUCUAAGACCAAAGUACUGUGGUAGUAAAUUGAACCCUUAUAGCCCCUGACCUGGCCCCAACUGUUCAAUCAACCAUCAUUCAUACAGUUGCUACUUUAGCACAUGUAUACACAAACAUCCAAGUGUACUCAUGCACACACAACCACAACCACACACAGAUGAAUGUAUUUUCUGAGAAAUUAAUACUGUCGAGCAGCUGGUUUUUUUCAUGUAUGGGCUGUAUUCAAACUGUGUUUUCAUCAGUCUGGCAGAAAAACACAUCAGAUGGCCACUUGUGUUUCAGAACCAGAGAAAAAUAAGGAAUAUUUCACGUUCCUCAUACCAGUUUGUGUUUCAAUUGAACCAAGAAGCCCAAAAUUGCCACUGCAGUUACUGAGGUAAUAGAAAUAGGGUUCCGCCUUAUCAAAGGUUUGAAACUGAAAAGGGUUUCGAUAUAAGAAGUGUUUUAGUCGUGUGAUUAGUAUCACUAGUUUGGUGAACAUAAGUAUCUGUGUGUAUUUGCAAUAUCAGCAGGGUCUAAAUACUGAGAGAUGAAGUUUAGAAAAAUGUGUUAACAAACACUGCUGUUUAUACAGAACUGUGCUGCAACCACAUAUUUAAUAAGACAUAAAGCGAGGAUGGAGUCAAGGACAUUUCAGUUCAGCUGAUCUUGAGUUUAACAGGCUUGUGUUACAAAUGCUUGACUGACUGAAUUGCACCCUCCUUAUUUUCUGAACUGAAACCGAAUUGACUCCAACCUUGGAUCUUCACCGAAAGCGACACCACCACAGGCAGCAGAGCUGUCAGACCAUGACACGUUUUAUUGGUGAACGGAAACACUGUAUAAAAUAUGUUUUCUCUGCCAUAACGAGUUCAGAAUGCUCAAGUCAUUUAGCCCAGUUAAAGCCAUAAUCAUGGGUCAGUGAAAUCACCACAGCUGUUAGUAGCACUGCAAAAGCACAUUCAAAUGUGUGGUUAAAAGAAGAAAAGGCACUUUUAUUUGUCCUCCUUCUCCCUCUCUUGCUGCAGCAGCUACAAUGUGGUUCCUCUGCUUCUGCAGCAGAACGACUCUGGUACAAAAGGAAACUGGUGCACUGUGGUUGUUUUUACAUUACACCUUCUAGAUUGUGGCUUUAACCAAACAACAGCCUUAAAACAUUCAAUUUUAUUUAGUCUUUUUAACUCUAGUACUGCUUUGAAAAUGGAAAACAGUUCAUUGUUUCGUAAAUUAUACUUUCCUGACUGCAAUUUUGUAAUUGCUUGACUCUUAAGCCUCACUUGAGCAUUCUUUGAGUAACAGUAAUAUCAAUGUAGCGAUGUAUUUAACUACUGUUUUGGUUUUUUUUUUCAUUUUGUUCUGUUGAUGAACAAUAAUGGCCUGAAUUUAUCAAGUGUCAGAGAACAGCAGAGCUCACCUAGAAUCAGACAAGCCCAUGGUAUAAGCGUUUAGUCAACUGUGACCCAAACCAGCGCUGCUAUUCUUUGAGGCGUGAUGAAGGGAAUCUGUGUUUUUGAAACAACAAUGCCUAGAAAGUGGAAAUAAAUUGAGGUCCUUGUAACGCGAGACAGAGAGGACAAUGGAGCAUGCUGCAAGGAAAUCCUCAAAGGAAGCUUGUGUUUUAUUCGUCCAGUGAAUGACUCAGGAGUGACCGAGCAAGAUAUAUAUGUAGAGAGACAGAACGCUCUGCCAUAGGAUCUCUCAGAGGCUUUCUUUAUUUUCUUGUCAAAAAAAUUUAAAUGAGCACAAUAAAAUAGCCUUUCUUUCA